UACCCCAGGUGCCCCGCGUAUCGUAGCUGAACCAGUGAGAAAAGGGCCAAGUGAAAGCGUCGCCAAACAUCAACCUUGCAUAGAUACAGUAUAUUAAGUAGGACAAAACGGCUCACAUACCUACUCUAGACGUGGUGGAACUAUUCUGCCGUUAUGAGUCAGGGCGCAAAAGGUAUUUUCGCAGCAUUAAUCCGAACUCACCACAUAACCAGCCGCAAGAAGCUCGCGCGUGUGAAGAAGGCUGCUGCUUUCUAUAACUUGCAUGUCUUGAUCCGAAGUGGUGGGUCACCCGGUAUCAUGUAUGCCGAAGGACCUGACGAAGUCUCUGUCAGCAGCUGGGUCAACAUGGUUCAGGGAUUAAGAUAUAAAGACUUCCAAUGCGCACAAAAGCCAGCUGCUCACCAAGUUCGGGGUGCUGUCGACCAAACAAGAAACGGGGGUUUCGAAGAAGUGGCUUCCGUAACCGAGUUCGGUGAGAGAAUGGAGCAACGGGGAUUAGGGAGUUGGUGGAGGAUUGGGAUGGGCUAUAAAGCGUCUGACUAGCCGUUGCUCGCCGACUACUCCGCGAACGCUAACGCGUAGACUGUCUAUAGUAAGAACUUAGACACGCAUACCACCUUCGGCGCCUACUUAAUCUAGAUCUCCUAUAAUUCUCUUUGAGAGAAUAGUUAGUAAUGAUUGUUGAGCAUUUUAUUGAUAUUUUUUCUUCAUACGGAUUACCUAUUGGAACAUGCUAACCGGAUGUACAAUUACGACCCUGUGAUUUAUUCAUUUAUCUCCCUAAGAGCUGGCUUGCUAAGAAUAUGAAGAGAUAUAUCCCGUUCUUACCAAUGUUUCAU